AUUUGGAGUUUUCCUCUUUGUUUCUUCCUCUUCUCUCUCUCCUGAGUCAUAAAUUUCUUCCAUCUUCUAUGGCUCAGCCUCAGCAACAGGGUCAUUGAACAAGAGCGCCUCUCUAUCUUCAUCAUUAGCACCACCCCAAUUACUCUUAAAAGGGUGAAUGUAUCUAGUUUCCAUUUUAAUCAAGUGAGUAUCUCAUAUGUAAUUUGAGUUUCUUGAUUGGUAUCAUAAUCCAUUUUCAUCAUCAAUGGCACGAAAAUCUCCAAAAUGCCCUCCAACAGUUGAACCAAAUCAAUCCGGUUGUAUCUGGAGUUUUAAUGGUAUGUUUGACCACCACCACCACCACCAUGGCCGCCCCCACCGGAAACUGCUCAGCUUUGAUGAACAACUCAGAAGCAUCAAUACUGAAUCAAAGAAGAAACAAUCUCUAAAAGAAGAAACAAGUUCCUCAAAUCACACAACAACCAUAGAGAAAUCUUUUUGGAAAAAGAUAAAAUCCCGAUAUGAAAACCCAAACAAGAAAAAAGAAAACCCGAUUUACAACAGCAUUGUGGUUUUAAAGCCGCCUAGUCAGCGUGUCAUAGAAUCUCCAGUUGAUGUAGGAUGCGUGUGCUCAUAUCUACACUCUCAUCACAAGUCAACAAGCAACCAACAAAUAGUCAAACACAAUCGUGUGUCCUUCAAUGAUGUUAGAAAAAAGCUAAAGGACACAAAGAAUGUGAAGAAGAAGAAGAAGAAGAACAUCCGAAAGGGUAGUGAACCUGGUCAAAAUGACGAAAAUGCCCCUAGACCCGAGAAAUUACAAUUGGUACCCUUUUUGAAGCAAGGAGAACCGGAUGUUUUUGUGGAAGCAAGAAGACAUCUUGCUGAGAGGUUAAGGCAAGUUGUAAAGGGUGAAUGUGAGGGUGAGGCAUCUUCAAGUAAAAGAGUAUCAAGAACAUUGGAAAGGGUACUUUUGUCAUCUCCUAUACACAUGUCAAUUGCUACUUUUUAUCGUGAAAUUGACGACAUUUGUGUUGAAAAAAGUUUAUUGACAAUGGAUUCGGAUCCUAACAACAUUGGUGCAAUGGAAGUAUCACAAAUGGAGAUGACAUUGGAUGUUUCUUCACCAAAAGUUAAUUUCAAAUUGGAAAACAUGGAAAAUGAUCAAUUCAGAGAGAAUCCAAGUCCAGUAUCUGUUCUUGAAUCGAUUUUUGCAGACAAUAGCAGCAGUCCUACAAGCACCAUUGAAUCAUCAGUUGAACAUCAUAUUCAACCACGUUGUCUGGAUUUUGAAGAACAUUCACAAACUUCAUCUCCAUCGCAUCAGAAAACCAGUUUAAGUUCAUUCAUGGAGGAUCGAGGGUUGAUUUCUGCAUAUGUUAAUGAAAUCUAUGAAGCUUCUGAGUCAAACUGGGAGGAUUUUUUAGCGACGGAUUACCCUUCAGAAUUGACGUGUGAUCAUAAACUAGUCCAUGAUUGUGUGAAGGAAGUGUUGAUUGGUUUAAAUAUGCGGAUAAUGUUUGUUAGCUCAAAGAUUCGUGCUUUUUCAUUGGAAGAAGAUGUGGUUAAUGAGGUUAUGGAACAAGUUGAGUGGCAUAAUGGUCGACUCAUGAUUCCACGUACUCUAGAUAAUCUUGUGAGGAGAGAUAUAGCGAAAGGUGGAGAAUGGGUACACGUGGCAGAUGGAAAUGAUGUUGUGUUUGAAGUCGUGGAUGAAACUCUACAAGUAUUGAUCAUGGAAGCCAUAUCCGACAUUUCUGUUUGAAGUAUUUUGUUACUGGAUAUUAAUUAAUUAUCGUAUAGAAGAAAUUUCUAGUUAUAUUAUAUAGUUUUUUUGGCAGAUUUUUUGUGGGAUAUCAUAUUAUCAUUAUGACUUAUGAGACUUGUAUGUAUAAAAAGAUGAUAGGGUUGCGAUAUUCAUUGAAUAAUGCAUUGAAAGGUUG